GCCAAGCUGUGUGUUUGUGAUCUGUUGGUGGCACAGUGUGAUGUAAAUUGCUGCUGUGACCCUGAUUGCAGUGCAGCAGAUUUCAGUCUCUUUACUACAUGUUCAGUGCCUAUUGUCACAGGUGAUAGCCGUUUUUGUAGUCAGAAAGCUGCUAUAUAUUCACUUGAUGUUGAAGCAAAUCCACCAGAAAGGAUAUUUAAAUUAAUUGACCAAGUUAAUCCCAGUGUUUUCUGCAUUCACGCUACAAACUAUAAACAAGCACUCUCCUUCAGUUCCCCUGAAAUGCCUACUGCUGAAAAUUUUGAUCAGUUGCUUAAACAGUUUGGAAGUGCUUCUUUCAGUGCUGAGCCUGACAGCUGGAAUAUGAACACAGAUGCUCAAAACCCUUCUGAUGCGAAUGAAACUUACAGAUACGAGUAUGGUGUUCCUAUACAGACAGUGGAUGCAUUUCUAAGACUACCUAGUCCUGUUGUCUCCUCUUGGUGCUCUGAUGCGAAUCCUGCAGGCUUUUUAGUAAACCAGGCUACAAAAUGCAUUAGAUCAUUAAGUGCGGAAAAAUGUGGCACCGUACAAGCAGUUAGUAUGCUGUUCUAUAUCAACUCCAGCAUUUUAGCAGUACCCAAAUCAAAUCAGAUGGUUAAUAUUACUGUCCACUCCAUAGUUGUCCAGUCUCUGAAUGGAAUGCGGACUUUACUUAAUGGUAGUGAUGUCCUCAGGCUCCCUAUGAUUUUGGAUGAACUGUGCAUAAAUAUAGUUCUUGGGGUGAGUUAUCACAUUACAUACACAGAUGCAGGAAAAAUAAUAGAAGCAGCUGCUUCUUUUGUCUUGGGGGCAAUUAACAAAGAAGCACUUUCAAUACAGCAGAGCUUUGAAAUCAGCUUUACUCAGGUACAUACAAAGCCAGUUCCUCUCAGUGGUAAUCCUGGUUAUGUUGUUGGACUGCCUGUAAGAGCAGGUUUCCGGCCACAAGGAUCUGGCAUCAUUCAGAAUACUAACAAAUACAGUCAACUUACCAUUCUGCAAAGUACAUCCAACCAGGACUGUCUGGCAGCACAGGGAGCCAGAACUCCAAUAUUAUUUGGUUAUAACAUGAUAUCAGGCUGUAAGUUACGAAUUACUGCAGCUAUGACAUGCCAGCCUUUGACUCAGACCCUCCUAGAUUUACUGAAGGGACAAAGCUUUCCUGAAUACGUGGCCUCAUUUGGAAAUUCUCAAGCCCAGGACGUGCUCGACUGGGUGCCGAUAACUCACCUCCACAUCUCAGAACAGAGCUCAUGCCAAAUACCAGUAUCACUUGAAAUGGAAGUGAAGUGGACUAAAUAUGGAUCCCUUGUCAAUCCACAAGCCAGAAUAGUGAACGUAACAGCGACAAUCACUACCACCACAUUGAAGCAGCUUCCCUCAGGAAGGGAGAGGACUAUUCCUAUAACAAGUUCUGUGGUUUUCACUGAUAUUUCUUCAUCUGCAGAGCCAGGCUAUAAAGCUUGGCCCACCAUUAAUGCCAAGUUACCCUUUGAUUUUUUCUUUCCAUUUGUCUAAGUUAAGUUACGCUUUCAGAAAAGCUUAGUGACCCUUCCAGCUGACUCUGGCUGAAAUCAACUGGAGACGCCUGCUAUGGUCAACACCUUUCAAAAAUUCCCACUUCAGUCCACUCACCUACAUCUGUUCUUACAUAUUCUAAUUCUUUUAAUGUGUUGAUUUGUGAGCUGUGGAAGCAGAAAGAACUUUGUAGCCCAGCAGGCCGCAAACUAACACUUAAAAUGGAAGAAGAGAUGAGAGAACAUGGUAUCAGAACUCAAAUCUGCUGCUGAAAACAAGGCAUUGUUUGACGUAAGAUGGCACAUGUUUGCCUCUGUUUUGGUGCUGAUUUGAUUGUCAACUAAAGGAGUGGUAUGUUGGUAUUUUUGAAAUGAACGUUAUAUAAAUAACAAAGUGGCACAAGCAGCAACAAAAAUGAGGAAACUACCAACAAUAUGGAAAGA